AUGAAAAGUAACACAGAGAGGGAUCACAGGAAACUCAGCCCUCUUCUCGGCACACCUCUGCCUGGAGCCCCUCUGCCGCGGAGGCGGCACCGCACGGUGCCCAGCGGCGGUAGCGGGGGGCUGCGGAGCACUGCCAGCCGGGAGGGGGGCGAGCAAGCGGCCGGCUCCCGGAGCGGCACACGGGGCUCCCUGCGCCGGGCACCUGAGCGAACCACAGCUGGCCCGGGGGGGAGCGCCGGGGCAGGGCUGACACCGCCUCCCGCCCCCCCGGUACGCGCAGAGGACGGGGUCUCAGCUGCCGGCCGCCCCUUCGCUACGACCCUUUGCUUCCGCAGAGCAGCAGCCGGCCGUGCCCGGAGCCGGGCUUCCUCGGGGGCCAGGGCUGCGCUCGCCCCUGGCCCGUCCCCGCCGGGGUUUCCAAGGAGACGUGGGCCGCCGUCUGCGCCGCGGAGCCGCCCGAGCACGAUCAGGGCCGGCGGGAAGCGCGGCCGCCGGGUAAGUGCGCGCUGGCGGGGGGCGAGGGGUCCAGCCCCGGCCGGCCGGAGCGGUCUGACCCCGCUGUGCUGUCGCACAGGCCGGCUCUUCGUCCCCGAGCUCGUUGGCCAGGAGGAGGCGUGGCGGGGAGACCAGCUGUCCUCCCAGCUCUACAGGAACAAGCAGCUUCAAGACACUUUGCUUCAGAAGGAAGAGGAACUUGCUAGGUUACAUGAAGAAAAUAAUAACCUCCGACAGUACCUGAAUUCUGCCCUGGUUAAAUGUUUAGAAGAAAAAGCCAAGAAAGUGCUAUCCUGCCACAGCCAAAAAACCUCUACUAUUCUCAAAAACACCAAAAAGAGAUUAAAAGAGGACUACUGCUUUGCUCUUCAAGAAACUCCUCAUGCUUCUAAAGCUAGAAGGAACCUCUUUAAUGAAUUCUCUGCCUGUGAAGAGCAAGCCAGCCCUGCUGUGGACAGCUGGGUCUUGGAGACUUUAGGAUUAAAAGACGUCAACACCAUUGAUGAAUCUUCAGCUAACUACAGUGCCUUGACUUCGGACCUUGGAAAAGACACAUACUGCCUUAGCCCUGGUGAAGCCAUCGACUAUGACCACAGUGAAGCAGUGGCAGCAGCAUACCGCUGCAGCCACAUGCCUCCAGCUGACAGCACCCAUCCAUACAGUGAGGACUCUUCCUUCCUUUCUCAGUUUCCUUCAGCACCACACACCUCCUCACCGGAGCCAAGCAUUUCCUCCCUUCCAGCCUAUGAGUUGCCAUAUUUGACUAACAAUUUGUCACCUAACAAAACAGAAGUGGCCUUCACAACAUUUCUAAGUCCUCACCGCAAUGUGAGAACACACACCUUCCAACAAGGACAAGCUUUUGUGCGCAGAGAAGAUGAUGGAGGAUGGAGAUUCACCUGGGUGCCUAAACAGGCUGAAUAAGGCACCUGUGUCAAGGGUCAGCCGUGAGGGAUGUAGGAAACAGACACUUCAUCUUGUGAUCAAGACAAGUUCAGCCUUGUCUCUCAGAAAGAAGUCCUUCUGGGCUCUGUUAAAUGCUGCUUUUACACACAUGCUCAUGAUUCCCUCCCAGAUUUUCACAGAUGUGGCUCCAGAUCACAGUGGGACAUACAUCUGCCCUAGGCCCAUUGUACAGACAGGACAUACUUCUCUCGUGCCUGUGUUGAGAAGCAUGCUUUUUUCCUGCAUCGCGUUUUUUCUAUCAUCAGUUAUUCCUUGUUAACUGAUGACUGUCAGCCUCGACUACUUUCAGCACUGAUGAUUGCGCCCACAUUCAUCAAGGCGGAAGGGAUUGGAGAAUACACUUUGGAAACAGCAUCUCUCUGACAUUCACAAAUGACAAAAAUGACAUCAGUCUCUGGCUGAGGAUCAGCAGUAUCUGAGUGAUUUGGGUCUCUCUUAGCUACAUAGAUUGCCUUGGAUUAAGGCAACCCAUGCAUUUUUGUUUGUAUGUUACAUUAGCUUGACCUACUCACAGUCACAUGGUGCUGUUGUUUUCUGAGGGCUCUUCAAAAAAAGAUAAGACUUGCUUCUAUUGCCUGGAGGCUACAUAACUGCAAGUGAUUCAUCAAAUUUAGGAGAUUUUCCUCUGCUCUGAUUAAAAGUGUUCUCUCUGUUACGUUUUGUAUGUAAAAGACCUAUGUAAAGGUCUUUUACCUGCCAGAUAAAAGGAGUUUUAGAAGUUAGAGCCCUGUUUCUCAUCAACUUAAGCUACAGAACAAGAACUAGAUUUGGAGAUGCAGUUGGAAUAGUGACAUUGCCACCACCAGCUAAUGCCCUGGCCCAUGGUGUUUGUGGCAGACAUUUUCUCAUCUGUGGUUAAUGCACACUCAGAGCACUUUUUCUGCAAAGGAUGCAUUCCCCUGAGCUGCACCAUCCCACUAGUCUUUUCACUGAUUUUCUUCCCCCUUCACCAGCUGAAGACUGGAUGCUUUCAUAGAAGGAAGCCACUCCUGGCUUCAAAAGUGCUUUGUACAGCUUCAUUUCAUCUAUUUUGCACUUGUGAAACCAGAGGUUUUGUUUCUAGGGAACAACUUGUUUACUUUUUUGUCCUGAUUUAUGAGAUCGUACAGAGAUUUACCUGAAGUCAACCUCAGCCCAGAGUAAGGUCUGCUUCCUCUUUCCAUUCUAUCUUUCAUGCUUCCUGUGGGAAAUGUUUACAUUUCUCCUAGCUUGGAGAGGCAGUAUCACAUAGUGGUUAGUGUUUGGAAACUACAACCUUCAGCACCAUCUCUUACCUCUCCGUGUCUUUAUCAGGCAGCAGUGACAGGCAGGCAUAGCGAAGACUAUGACUGCCUUAAGGAUGCUUUAAAAACCUCUGACAAGAAGGUGCUCCAGCACUGUGCAGGACUUUAUUUUUUUCUAAAUACUACUAAUUAUAUGAAGUCAACUGACAUGAAGUAAGUUCACUGGUAAUGCUUCAUAUUACCUUUGUUUUCUGCUAUAUAGUAUUUUGAUACUUAAGUAUUGGAAAUGAAGGGAGCAGUUUAUUAUUCUGGCUUUCAGAAUAGCCCCAGUAAGAUAAGGAAGCACUUAGAUAAUUUAAAAAUAACCACAUGUGGGCAUUUCCUUCCAGUGGGCAUAUUUUUUUUUCUAUAGACAACUAGGUAUUUUAUUUUUGAAGGAUAAAACUAUCUCUCAUGCCUUAGAAUUGCAGUAUUUGGGAUUCUCCAUGUAGUGGUUUCCCAAAAGACUUAAAUAACUGUAUUUCUCUAGUUACUUUGAAGUCGUAGAGCAGACUCCCACAAUAGCUAAUUUGAAAACAUUGAUUGUAGGCAGUAUUGCACUGAAAUAAAAAUACCACCACCACACAGGGAAUAAAUACAGUAAUUUGUUCUGGGCUUUUGUUGUAGUCAGUAAAAAUGUGGCCAGCUGAUAAAUCUGGUCAGACAAGACCACUGUUUCUAUAGCACUUUUCUGUAUUCAAAUGGAAGCAGAAAAAAAAAACAAAACUGUCCUACAAACAGCUAAUUUCUUUCUCAAGGCAGUUCUUUUCUGCUGAUCUCCUCUUGCCUUACUUUAUAAGGUAGCACUGAAGAAAACGCUUGUCACCAGAGCUUUUAUUGGUGUGUGUGACUGUCUAGAAAAUGCCUGACCUUGACUUGAAUAAGUGAUGAGAAACCCUGUUUUGUGUGGUGAUGUGGAAUGAACAGCGUAUAGCUAAUAGAAGUGUGACCAGAGGAUUACACUCAACAUAGCUGUACGUACCAUGUCUUCCAAGCAGCUGUAAAAGUUACAUGAGAAAGUUCUAUAUAUUUUAAUGCUACUGGAUACUACUGCCGUCGUGUUCGAAUGCUAUCAGUGAACAGCAGUAGCAAAUACAUUAUUUGUUUUGUCAGCAAACAUUUAAUCAGGUUUUGUUUUCUCUAAAGAGAGAAAAUACUUCUCCGCUUGACAUUUCCCUUCCACAUCUUUCAGAUCACUUCACGUGAAAACUUCUGCAAAGAACCAGCACAAAGCUGUCACAUCUUUGAUACAAUCCCAAGUAGGGUUUCAGUGGAACCAAACAAUUCUUGUACCUCUAGAGCAUUUUGUACAAAGAUGGCCGGUCCUCUUGUCAUAGUAAAUAAUCUGUAGAUGUAGGAACAUAGUUCAGUGAAUUAUGCACCUGAGUG